UCACAGAAAACCUGUGCACGUCGGUUGAUACAUCCCAUAUUUGAAAUUCUGCCACAUGUGACGUGUUGGUCUCCACAAGACAGUUUGCAGAUCCUGACUAACACCAGUAGACCUGAUGAUUAUGAGGAGAAUGACCUGCUGUUUGAUAUGGAGGAGUUUGAGAGUGUCGUAUAUCAGCGACCGUUCCAGUAUUUGUUCCGACAGAAAAGUAAAGCGAGUCUGAGUGAUAUUGAUCCUUUGACACCACAGGGAGACCCAGUGCAGUGUCUUGAGACACUUCUCAGACACUGUGGGGUACCAGACCCCUCGUGGGCAGAGCUCCAUCACUUUGUGUGGUUCCUGAACACUCAGCUGUGUGACUUUGAGAGAUCAGUUUUCUGCUCUCAAGAACUCCAAGAUGAUCUUCCCGGCUUCUCACUGUUUGUUCUCAAAUUUCUCAUUCAGAUGUCACGGGACUUUGCCACUCGGUCUCUGAACAUGAGUGAGGAAACGCCAAUUGGAGAUGCAGAACGAAUCAAACUCGAGGAAGGGCUAAUACAACAUGAAGAAAAAAUGGAACUUGAGGUGGAACAAAUGGAACCAGAUGAUGAACCAGAUGCCAAAUAUUCUGAUUGCCUAAUAAAAUUGUACAAAGCCAGCAGUAGGAAGAUUGAGAAUGACAAGAAAACAAAUACAGAUGGAUUUUCACAUGGAAUUGCUCUGGUUGAACUUAUAGAAUACAUAAAAGAGAUGAAUUUUGCUGAAAAUUCAGUUGCUCAUUUGCUGAUCUUGGAGAUGGAACGUUUAGAGAAGCUCUACAGUGUAAUAGCACCAGGAUUUGACUAUUACUAUGACCCAGAUCCAACAUAUGAACUGACUACAGACAAUGCCAAAAAAAUUCUGGCUAUCUUCAUGAGAUUCAGAUGUAACAUCCCUGUGUUAAUCAUGGGUGAAACAGGAUGUGGGAAAACUAGACUGGUCAAGUUCCUGUGUUCCCUUCAGCGUCCUCCUGGAAUUGAGGUUGAAAACAUGGUCAUCAUGAAGAUCCAUGGUGGUAUCACAGCUGAUGAUAUUAUCAAGAAAGUUCACAAAGCAGAACGGCUUGCUCAAGCCAAUGCAAAGAUCAAUGCACACAUGUACACCGUUCUGUUCUUUGACGAGGCCAACACAACAGAGUCGAUUGGUCUGAUCAAGGAAAUCAUGUGUGAUGGGACGAUGGAUGGUCAACCAUUACAGCUGUCUGACAAACUUAAGAUAGUGGCUGCAUGUAAUCCGUACAGGAAACAUUCUGAUGAGUUGAUACAAAGACUUGAAAAAGCUGGUCUUGGUUACCAUGUUGAUGCAGAAAAAACAACAGACAAGCUUGGUCGUGUUCCAAUGCGUCGACUUGUUUACCGGGUCCAGCCAUUGCCACAGAGCAUGCUGCCACUAGUCUGGGAUUUUGGACAACUGAACACGACGGUGGAAGAGCUGUACAUCAGACAAAUGGUCAACCAUUAUGUUAACAGUGGCAUAUUACCACAAGUGUUGAAGCUUGUUGACGUUAUCAGCUCAGUCUUGAUACAGUCACAAAGUUUUAUGAGGAAACAAAAGGAUGAGGCCAGUUUUGUGAGUCUGCGAGAUGUUGAACGAGUCCUGAAGGUUAUGUCUUGGUUUUACGAACAAUCUCAGGACAACCGAACUCUGUUUAACAUUAUGGAACAUGAGAAAAUACAGCAGGAUGAAGAAAGUGAGAUUUUUUAUGAUGUGUCGGAGGAGGUAGAGGAGAUAUGUGAAAGGUGGCCAGAUGAUUUGACCAAGUCACUAAUUUUGGCUCUUGGUGUCUGUUACCGAGCUUCUCUGAGAAGUAGAAAUGACUAUGAUUCCCAUGUAACACAGUUUUUCCAAAACCCAUGCAGUCUUCCUGGUGGAGUGAAACAAUUUGUUGAUGUCAUCACAAGAUGUCAAGAUGUUUUCCUUGAAAAUGUCCAACUGGAGGAGAACAUAGCAAGAAACCAGGCUCUGAAGGAAAAUCUCUUCAUGAUGAUCAUCUGCAUAGAGUUACGCAUUCCCCUGUUUCUUGUGGGAAAGCCUGGCAGCUCUAAAUCCCUGGCCAAGACCAUCGUUUCUGAUGCAAUGCAAGGCAAUGUGGCCAGAGAAGAACUCUUUAAACAGUUGAAGCAAGAUCUUCAAGAUGCCUUCAUAGUCAUGGUCACAAGAAAGGACAAGGCAACACCAAUUCUGUCAAUUUGA